CACUGACAGAAGCGCUGCAGGAGGGCUGGCUUUUUUGGGUUUUGGUUCGGCUCGUGGUGAAGAUGAAGGGAUCUCGUUAAAAUCAACCGACCUGUGCUGUCAACCUGAGAUUCAGAACAGACAGAGAGAGGGAUAUAUCUGACAAGGAGGGAGGGGACUCAGCACACACACACACACGCACACACAGACAAACAUGGACGCCUUCAGCGCCAAGGACAUGGCCUUGAAGGCGCAGAAGAAGAUCCUAAGCAGCAUGGCCAGCAAAAGCUCUGUGCAAAUGUUCAUUGAUGACACCACCAGUGAGAUCCUGGAUGAACUGUACCGCAUCUCCAAAGAGUACUCAGGAAAUAAAACCGAAGCCCAGAAAGUCAUCAAAGACCUGAUCAAAAUUGCGGUGAAGAUAGGCUUGCUGUUCAGAAACAACCGUUUCAGCACAGAAGAGCUGGGAGUGGCCCAAGAAUUUAAGAAAAAGCUGCACCAAGGAGCUAUGACAGCUAUCAGCUUCUACGAGGUGGAUUUUACCUUUGACAAGGCAGUGAUGGAAGAAGUCCUGACAAGCUGCAGGGAUCUGCUGCUGAAGCUGGUCAACACCCACCUCACCCUUAAAUCCCACGGUCGCAUCAACCACGUCUUCGACCAUUACUCUAACCCAGAGCUCCUGACCAAACUGUACGACCCCACUGGCCCCUUCCGACCCAACCUCAUCAAGAUCUGCAAAGGACUCAACAAACUGGUGGAGGAAGGCACAAUAUGACAGAGAAACAACGAAAACGUCAUGCAGACACUGGGAGAUCUACAGGCAGACUCACCUAAGACUCUGAACUGUUGGACAAAAUUGGUCUUACGGCUGAGGACUGGCAGCAUGAGACAAGUGAUUUGAGAAAAAAAAAAACUGCUGCCCCAUCCUUCUCAAAGAACAUGUGGGAUAAAAAUAAAGUUGGUCGACUCAUCCCUCAAGUUUUUUUUUUUUGUUUUUUUUUUAAUGUUUAGAGGUGAUAUAUACUGUAUAACUGUUAUACUUGUCUUUUCAGACAAAGAUCACAGAAAACAAACUUGAAUAUUAACUGUUUUAUAUAUCAUACCA